AUGAUGGAAAUAAAAGUGAAAAUAAUUGGGAGAGUGGAGCAAGGUGAAAAGCUGGUAGACGUCACUCGUUCUUAUAAGAUGAAUUGUUCAACCAUCAGCACAAUUCUGAUGAACAAGGACAAGAUCAUGGAACAUUCUCUGCAUGCUGUGCCAAGGAUGUUGACAAUAAUAUCAAAGAGGUGUGGAAAAGUGAUGGAGGAGACGGAGAGACUUCUCAGUGUGUGGAUGCACGAUCAGCCUCAGUGUUGGGUCCCGCUCAGCUUAAUGCUGAUUCAAGAGAAAGCUACGAGGUUUUAUGAAGACUUGAAGAAACACAGUGAAGAAUCAGAGGGUGCAUCUUUUAAUAUCAGCCAUGGCUGGCUUCAUUGA